AUGAGUCAACAUGUGGACGAUCUUAAGAUGCCGGCGAACGACACAACGUUCCUCACCGUCUUCUUCCUUUUCCUCGGUUUACUCCGGUUUGAUUCGAUUCCCGGUUUAGAAGCAGCUGCAUUGUCUUCGAUUCCGGGACUGUAUGUGUUCGGAGAUUCGUUGGUUGAUGCCGGAAACAAUAAUUACUUACCACUUUCCUUAAGAAAAGCUAUUUAUCUACCUAACGGCAUCGAUUUUCCUAGCUAUAUACCCACCGGAAGAUUCUGUAACGGCAAAAACGCCGCCGACGCUAUGGCUGAGAAAUUUGGUUUACCGUUACCGCCGCCGUAUCUCUCACCACGCUUACUAAAUCAGAAUGCGAGAGAAGCCGCCGCCGUGACCGGUGUUAAUUUUGCAUCCGCUGGUGCCGGAAUCUUCAACAGCGAUGACCAAACUACUGGACAAGCGAUUCCUUUAUCACAGCAACUGGAGUUUUGGCUCUCUAUACAUCAAAACCUCAGGAGAAAGCUUGGAGCAUCCGAAGCAAACAUUCACAUAUCAAAAUCUCUAUUCGUUAUUGUCAUAGGUAGCAACGAUGUUUUGGAUUAUUUUGGAUCUCCGGAACUUCAAGAAGAAAGUGAUCCUGAAGAGUAUAUGCAAUCAAUAGCUAGUAAACUCAAAGAGCAAUUGAAGAAAUUAAUCCACGAGACUGGAACGCCUAGAUUAUUAAUAUUCGGGGUAGGACCACUCGGUUGCAUACCGCUGCAAAGAGAGAAGAACUCGAAGAUGCAUGAAUGCGAUGAAGAGGCUAACAUGUUUGCAUCUUUGUACAAUAAAACUCUAAUAAAGAUGCUGCAAGAACUCAAACAAGAGUUGCAAAGCUCAAUGACUUACUCUUACUUUGACCUUUUCAAGUCCAUACAUGACAUUAACUCCAACCCUGCUCGUUACGGUCUUGCUGACGUAACAUCGGCGUGUUGUGGACUUGGGAGAUUAAACGCGGAUUUACCUUGUUUUCCGUUCGCGAGUUUAUGUUCGGACAGAACAAAAUAUCUCUUCUGGGAUUUCUACGGUCAUCCCACAGAAGCUGGUGCUCGUGUUAUCGUCGAUAAUAUGUUUGCUGAUGAUUCACAAUACAUGUUUCCUUUAAAUCUCUCUCAGUUGGUCACCGUGUUCUUUGUGCUAAAUGGGGUUUGCACGGUUGUGGAAAUGGCGGUGAAGAAAACGAAGUUUGUAAAACCGGUGGUCUCUUGGAUGCUCACCAUGGCGUUUUUGGUUGUGACCAGUGCCAAACCAAGUUGUGCAUCCAUCUUGAAACUCCAAAACCCUCGGCGCCUGAAAUAUAUAAGAAAGAUGCCGGCGAACAACACACCGUUUCUCACCGUCCUCUUCCUUUUCCUCGGUUUACUCCGGUUCGAUUCAAUUCACGGUUUAAAAGCAGCAACACUGGCUUCGAUUCCGGGAGUAUACGUGUUCGGGGACUCGUUGGUUGACGCCGGAAACAAUAACUACAUACCAGUUACAAUAUUCAAAGCUAAUUUUCUACCCAAUGGCGUCGAUUUUCCGGGCAAUAAAGCCAACGGAAGAUUUUGUAACGGCAAAAACGCCGCCGAUAUUAUUGCUGAGAAAUUUGGUCUACCGUUACCGCCACCAUAUCUCUCACUAAAUAGGAAUGCAAGUGAAACCGCUGCCAUGACAGGUGUUAAUUUUGCCUCAGCCGGUGCCGGAAUCCUUAAUAGCAAUGAUACUGCUGGACAAGUGAUUCCUUUAUCACAGCAACUGAGCUAUUGGCUCUCUAUUCAGCAAAACCUCACAAUAAAGCUUGGACCAUCCGAAGCAAAAGUUCACAUAUCAAAGUCUCUAUUCGUUAUUAUCAUAGGCAGCAACGAUAUUUUGGGUUAUUUUGGAUCUCCGGAACUUCGAAAAGAGAGUAAUCCUCAACAGUAUAUGCAGUCAAUAGCCGAUAAAUUCAAAGAGCAAUUGAAGACAAUCCACGAGACUGGGACGCCUAGAUUAUUAAUAGUCGGAGUAGCACCGCUCGGUUGUACACCGCAGAAAAGAGAGAAGAACUCGACGAUGCAUGAGUGUAACGAAGAGGCUAACAUGUUUGCCUCUUUGUACAACGAAGCUUUAGUGAAGAUGCUGCAAGAACUCAAACAAGAGUUGCAAAGCUCAAUGACUUACUCUUACUUUGAUCUUUUCAAGUCCAUAAAUGACAUUCACUCCAACCCUGCACGUUACGGUUUUGCUGACGUAAAAUCGGCGUGUUGUGGGUUUGGGACAUUAAACGCGGAUCUUCCUUGUUAUCCGUCCGCGAUGUUUUGUUCGGACAGAACAAAAAAUUUCUUCUGGGAUUUUCUACAUCCCACAGAAGCUGGUGCUCGUGUCAUCGUCGAUCUUAUGUUUGCUGAUGAUUCACAACGAUACAUGUUUCCUUUAAGUUUCUCUCAGCUGGUCUCUCCAUGAUCAACACGGCGUUGUUUUUACAUAAUCAACGAGACAAAUGGAAUUUGGAAACUCUUUAUUUAUUUUAUUUUUAUUUUUUUCUAAAGAAAUUCGUAGUGUUUGCUCUAAGUAGCUAUGUAAGACGCCUAUUGGUAUCAUUUUUUACAAACUUUGAUCUCUAUGAUUUAAUAAAAAAAAGUGUU